AUGGAUCCUAAAGACGCAGACUACGAUGCCGACGAUUCUUCGCAAGUAGAAGACUCAUGUGCCGAGGGAGAAGAAUGCAAGACUAGUCUUGAGCUGUGUUGUGCGGCCUGGCGUACUCCUCAAGAACAAUGCGAAAACACUGCCGUCAUCAGCUGCAAGAAAUGCCGUCAAGUAGCUUAUUGCAGCGAAAAGUGCAGGGCAAAUGACUUGGUAGAUCACCAUAAGUCAAGGAUUUUACCAUGUUAUCCUCGACGGACAGAAUAUGAGGAUGGCGAGAUUCCGGACCACCCUUUCUUUGAAACGAACAGAUUCUGGGCCAACUAUCCUGCGACUGAUGUUUUGAAUCUACCAAAGAACGAGGGAUCAGAGUAUGACGGCCGCCUGCGACUCCUUCUCUUGGGCCCUUUCGGUCUGCGACACGUAAUUUAUUCUGUUGUCGCCAUGCCAGAGACGGCUAAUCCAUCGCUUGACGCGACCCUUGUUGAGUCUGACAUGUGCCAUCUUGCGCGGACAUUUCUUUCACUACUCAUACUUUCAAUGGACACUGUCAACAGUCUUGUUGCCGCAGAAGUCGUUGUAGACGUCUGGUACUCGGCUAAAUGGCCUGAUUGGACCUAUUCUUUCAUCGAGAAACACUUGGGACAAAAGUUGCGAGGCCUUCGUCAGAAAAUUCAGACUUGGUAUAAGGAUAAGCAAGAUAAACGAACGUUGUGCUUCACGGCGACAAUGGGAACUCCAGACUAUCUUACAUUUGAUGUUUGUCUAGACUGGUAUACUUGGACGAAUCUUUUGGACUUGUGCCUCCAAGAACCAGAGCUAGGAUCAAUGGCCAGGGCCAGGGCAGACGAUGUAUCAAAAUACGGCGAGCCUCUAGACCGAGUAUUUCGCACAUUCUCGUCGUCAAGAACAGCAGCCUUGAUGAAGUGGCGGCUCGACGGCAUCGUACAGCCUCACGGCGAAUCGGCGUCGGGAUACACGAGACCGAAUCCAGCUUUGUUUCUCCCUGGCAGAGGUCCACCUGAGGGGAUUACCAACGAGCCUCUUUCAGAAUGGCCGAUGAACGAAAUUUUGGGAUACAGCCCGUAUCCUGCUGAAGACGACGUCUAUGGCAAAAUGAACUUUUAUCUUCACCGAAUGGUUGUUUUAUUUCGAGCUUGUUUGAAGAAAAAGUCAAUCACUGCGUAUGUCACCGCUUGCGGUCUAGUAGAGAUGCCAGGACACAUUCCAACAUACCACAAGGAAACGCCCUUUUACGAUCGUAUAGAGGUUGGAAAUUGGUUCGACAUUGAUGCUCAACUGUGCUUCUUGGCUUGUGCUCCUCUGCUACGACACGCGAGCGAGAACCCAUAUGCAACCAUAUUAACCUUGUGCCGAGAAAGCGUUAUAGAGGCAGAAGACGAAGAGGCUGAGAAAUUCGCGGAACUCGAAAAAUACCACCUAUACCACCCGGCGUUUGACCUAUUAGAAACCAUGGCGCCUCUGAGAAAAGCUGUCGGCGAGCCAUACGAUGCAGCUUUAGUGCCCCGACAUAUGAUUCUCUUUAUAUACCGCAGCUGGAGCUUGUUUUCUUACGGCUAUCUAUCCAAUCUAAAAAAAUUUGGAUUCCCAGUGCCUGGAGACGAGAAGCUGCAGCAUCCUAGGGCUCCUUUGCUGGUCACAGGGUACCUUGGUGCCCAAAGAAAGGAGAAUACAGUUCUUAGCCAAUGGGGAAAUCUAUUGUUGGGCGGCGAGGAGAGGAAUCCCACCAUGGAAGAGUUGAGGCGUUGGACGAGCUGGCCAGCCGCAAAGCCACAGUAUUGGAUGGAAUGGAGAAAGGUGAGAGACGUGACUGCCGAAGAAUUUUUCGAGCAUCUUGACAUGCUGCAAGGAAAGCGGGCACUGCGGAUAUGGCAGUCGUUAUAUGGAGACCAUGGGAUGAGGGAGAAGGAGAAGAAGGGAGAAGAAAAGAAAGAUGAAAGAAACGGCAGAGAUGAGAAGAAAGAUGAAAGAAAAGGCGGGGAUGAGGUUGCGGUGAAUAGGGACGAGAGUGUCCCAAGAGGCAUACCUAUGAAUCUGCUGGCGAACAAGAUGCUGAUGAGGAUCCAUAUGGCGAUAAAAUCUACAUGCGAGGCAGAGGAAGCUUAUAGAAACGACGGAGAUGAGGAGAAAGAUGAAAGAAACAGCGAAGAUGAGGAGAAAGCUGAAAGAAACGGCGGAGAUGAGGAGGAAGAUGAAAUUAAAGACGGAGAUGAGGCUGCGGUGGAUGGGUUGGAGAGUGUCCCGAGAGACAUGCCUAUGUAUCCGCUGUUGAAAGAGAUCCUGAUGAGGCUGGAUAUGGAGAGAAAAUUACGCGAGGAUGAACAUGGCAGUACCUAG